AUGGCCACCACAUCCGACAAAGCAACAUCACUGUUGGCGGUGUUAGCCAUUUCCAGUCAGCAGUAACCACAGUGAACGUAAACAUUACAGUACUGAGAGGAAAGGCUAAGACGCUACACAGUAAUUUGUUUGUUUGUUUUAUUCCAUCAUCACAAAUUGUGUUUUUAUCUAUUUUUUUUGGGACAAUAUUUAUAUUUGAGCACACAGCAAUCAAUCUCGAGAAAAUCUAAUACUGUUCUGCGGCUUGAACGGAUUAAUGGUAUUUGUAUUAAUUUCAAUGGGAAGGAUUACGUCGGUUUAGGAACUUUUCAGUUUUUCAAACUCGGUUUACAGAGCAAUUCAAAUUCUUAACCUGAGUUUCCGCUGAGUGUGUACAGUAUGCGAUGUAAGUGUGUGUGUAAGUGUGUUCAUGUGUGCGUUUACGAACGAUAAAUCCCGCCUGGGAUUUACAGCCUCCAAUUGGCUGCCAAUCAACCAAACCAUUAAUCAAUCCGUGAAAACUUUAUUGAUUAGGGAGCGUAUGGAUGUUCCUGGAUGAUGUCGUGUUUCUUUUUUUUUUCACACUGUUAUUUCACCCAUGCGCGUGGCCGUUCCCCGCGUGAACAAGGUGUACCUGCUCCUCUUCCUCCUCCCCCGCAUGCACGCGCCCCCGUCGCGUCCACGCGGCUUGUGUCUCUCCUGUGCUUUACUUCCAGUAUCGAGCAGCUCCUUCAUUCCUUCCUUCCUUCCUCUCCUGCUCUGCUCACCUCCUCCUGCACGAAGCAUCUCCACUCUCCGGCGCUCGUCUCCACCCUGCUCCUCUUCCUCCUCUUCCUCCUCUCCUCCUCUCCUCCUCCUCCUUCUUGUUCUUUUUGUUGCUCCUGUGCCGUCUUCGCUGCGGUGCUGCCUGCAUGGAGACAGGAAGCCAGGGAGACCCGAGCCAUGCACGCCGCCUCGCCCCCUGGCACCUCCUCUCGCAGCAUCCUUGAAUGACCCGAAGCUGAGGGCGCAGCGGGGACCCGGACCCGGACCGGACCGGACCAUGGCAUGCGGCCCGACCCGGGCAACCAGCACUGACCAUGGGACUGCGGUCCAGGAGUGGAGCUAGUGGCUCGGAGGACCGCAAGAAGGACCCCCCAGACCGGCAGGGCGGCGACGUGGGGGGGGACAAGGAUGGCGCCCUGCUGGUGGCGUUGGCGGCUGGCCGGGAGGACUACAGGCGUGGGUCCCAGGGCACAUCGGCCAUUGGGCUUCUGGCCAAGACCCCCCUGAACUACAGCCGACCCGCCAAAAGGAAUAACGUCCGCAAGAGGAGGAUUCAAAACCUCAUCUACGACGCACUGGAGAGACCCCGAGGAUGGGCGCUGCUCUACCAUGCCUUUGUUUUUCUGAUCGUCUUGGGGUGUUUGAUUUUGGCUGUGUUGACCACCUUCAGAGAGCACGAGAAGACGUCAGCUCAUUGGCUGGUGGUUCUGGAAACAUUUGCCAUUUUCAUCUUCGGGGCCGAGUUUGGGUUGCGGAUUUGGGCUGCGGGAUGCUGCUGUCGUUACAAAGGAUGGCGAGGAAGACUCAAGUUCGCCCGGAAGCCGCUUUGCAUGCUGGACAUCUUCGUUCUGAUGGCGUCGGUGCCAGUGGUGGCGGUGCGUAAUCAAGGCAACGUGCUCGCCACGUCCCUGCGUAGCCUGCGCUUUCUGCAGAUCCUGCGCAUGUUGCGUAUGGACCGCAGAGGAGGAACCUGGAAGCUGCUUGGCUCUGCCAUCUACGCACACAGUAAGGAGCUGAUCACGGCAUGGUACAUUGGCUUCCUGUCACUGAUCCUAGCGUCCUUCCUGGUCUACCUGGUGGAGAAAGACGACGUGUCGGUGGACGUCUCCAAUCAGGAUGAUCCCACCACUCAGCCCAAAGUUCAGGACUUUGACACCUAUGCGGACGCGCUGUGGUGGGGGCUGAUCACUUUAACCACCAUCGGCUACGGUGACAAGACACCAAAGACGUGGGCGGGGAGACUUUUAGCUGGAACCUUUGCUCUGAUCGGCGUCUCCUUUUUCGCGCUGCCUGCAGGCAUCCUGGGUUCCGGUCUGGCUCUGAAAGUCCAGGAACAGCACAGACAAAAACACUUUGAGAAGAGACGCCAUCCGGCUGCCGGACUCAUCCAGUCGGCGUGGCGCUAUUAUUCCACUAAUCCAAUCAGGGAAGACCUCAUCGCCACGUGGAGGUUCUACGAAACCAUCAUCUCGCUCCCGUGUUUCAGGCGAGACCACCUCGAUGUCAUGGCAAGCCAGAAGAUGACACUGCUGGAGCGCGUCCGCCUUCCUAACGCGCGUCCGACGAUGGCGGCGGUGGCGGUGGCGGCGAGCCGGAAGAUGGUGGGCAACGCCGAGGGGCUUGAAGAGAGUCCCUCCAAGGAGCCCAAACCAGCUGGAUUCAGCAACCGCGAACGCUUCCGCACAGCCUUCCGCAUGAGGGCGGCCACGCUGAGGCAGAGCUCAGAAGAUGCAGCAGCUCUUCCAGAAGUGGUCCCGGAGGAACGCGGCUUCCCGCCUGAUAUCCUGCUGGAGGAGAUGAUCCCCACGCUCAAGCUUGCGAUCCGAGCUGUCAGAAUCAUGACGUUCCUGCUGAACAAGAAGCGCUUCAAGGAAACGCUGAGGCCUUAUGAUGUGAAGGAUGUGAUCGAGCAGUACUCCGCUGGACAUCUGGACAUGCUCUGCAGGAUCAAGUACCUUCAGACCAGGAUCGACAUGAUUCUGGCACCAGGAGCCACCCUCACCCCCAAACAGAAGAAAACUGUAAAGCCGCCCUUUAAUUACCCCAACAACCAGUCGCCCAGGCAUGAGUCCUUCUUGCCCAAACCUCAGUCCAUGGCAGAAGCUGACGAUCAGAGCAUGAUGGGAAGAUUUGUGCGUGUGGAAAGACAGGUGGAGGACAUGGAGAAGAAGUUGGACUUCCUGGUGGACAUGCACAUUCAGCACAGCGAGCACCUACAGGUGGACUCAGCGGGUGGUGCCCAUAUGACCCUGGAGCCCUGCCACCCUCCGUUAGGCGGCGAUAUCCGCCGGGCCUUCCUGAACUAUGGUGAAAGUUUCCAGCAGACGUACCGGCCGGCUGCCGUUGAGGUGGGACCUGCGGGCGGAGGGGGCGCCCCCUCUCAUGGCCAACCGCGCCCAUCCGUGCCUACGUACACGGCGCGCCCCACCGUGCUGCCCAUCAGCUCCCUGCAGGACUUGUCUGGGGGGCGCGGCAGGACCACGGGAGGGUGCACGGGAAGGUGUGGAGGCGACUCACCGUUGUCGCUGCUGUCGGUCAAUCACGAGGAGCUGGAGCGCUCGCCCAGCGGCUUCAGCUUCUCUGGCGAGCGCGACUGUGAGGAGGGGGCGGCGGAGGAGGGCGGCUCGGUGGCCAGAGCCCGGACAGCAGCCGCAGAGGAGGGCGGACUGACCCAACCCAGACCCGUCUAUCUGGCGGAGGGAGAGACGGACACUGACACUGACCCCUUCACACCGAGUGGUGGGCCUCUGCCCCUCUCGUCCACAGGGGAGGGGUUGGGUGAUGCCGUUUGGAGUACGCCCCCCUGAGUGAGGGGGGGACCCCUCUCUGCAUCACUUGUCAACUCUGAACCUUUAAUCGAAGCCACGCCUCCACACUUCAACUCGUACGAGGAUGUCCGCCACCAUGCUGCCGGAAUGUCAGCGAUUUUAGUGGCAGGGUUGCAAAAUUUUCAGUACAUUUCUGGAAAGUUUCAGGUACAUUUACAUGGCAGGGAAUUUACAGGAAUAGCUAAAAUAUCAAUUCAAGUUUCUUACUAAGAUCUAACGUGCAAUUUGGUAAAUUCCUGGUUUAUUCUGGUCAAUUCCCAUGAAAGUUUCCAGUUUAAAAAACUCCUAGGAUUUUGCAACCCUAGUAAUCAGCGAUUUGACACCAUGAAGGGGACUGUGGAGAAGGAAACUUUACGCCGCCGCAUGUGACGCAUGCUCACUAGCGUAGAUGCCGGCCUGCAGCAGUGCAGGAAGUGCUGGAUGACGCUCACACCUGCUACGCCAUCUAGAGGAACAUUUAAUUCACGUCACAACACUUUCAUACAUGCGUCAUACAUCUUACACACAUGUACAAUAUGCACCUGACAUGUAUCGGAAAACAAAUUCAGCGUUUCACUUUUUUCACAAUUUUUUUGGUCAAAGUUGUAUUUCAAAAAUGCAUAAUAUUCAUUUUUUCCCACCUCAAAAUUCUACACACAGCACAGCGGUCCCCGUCCUCCCUAGAAUUCAAGUGGGAUUCAUAUCUAAACUCAUCUGUGAGUUGUCAAUACAGCACUAAUAUGAGUCAUUCCACACACAGGAUAAAGAAGACAUGGCCAUGACUACUGUUAAUGUCUGCCUACAUUUGUUGCUGAACCAUUUGUGUUCAGUCUAUCGCUUAAAGACUUAAAACACCAAAAUUUUGUUGCUAAACCGUAUUAGCAUUAACCAAGUGGACCUUUACUGUUAAUGAAUUUGCAAAAAUGUCAACAGAAAAAAAAAAGAAUUUUGAGUAAAAAUCAAUUUAUUUUUAGGUUGGAAUAAAGUUGUAAAUUGAAAUGUGAAAAAAGUGAAGCGCAGGGAAUACUUUCCGGAUGCACACAAUACUUUGUACACUUUUAGUUUGCAUGAGUGCAUGUUAGAUUGCCAUCUAGUGGCCACAUUCAACCAAAAGUUUCAUGUGUGUGCUUGCGUGCGGUCUGUUGUCUGUCCAUCACGCAGACAAAUGGGUGUGGCUUUAUUGUCACAUGACUUUGCUGCGUGAUUAACAGCCUCCAAGUGUCAAUCAAUCAAGGUGAUGUCCAACGUGCCAAAAUGCACUCUCACAUUUAUUUAUUUAGUAUUUUUGGGGGGGUUGCUCCUGAUGGACGUCACUGUGACAACAAGUCAUCGCCUUCAUAAAAAUGACAAACAAAACUUUGGGAAAAAAAAUCAGUGAAAUAAAUACAAUAUUUUCUGCAGAUUUUCUAACGCAUAAAAAUAUUUUCUAAAAAAAAAAAAAAAACGUUCAAGCCUUUCUAGUCUGUCUUGUUGUCAUGUGACAUGCUCCAGACGUGCUCAUUGGUUUCACCAUUUGAUGCUGCAGUUGUCAGGGCAACUCGCCACAAACUUUGGGCGCAAACACGUUGACAGGAGGCGGGUCCUCACUCACUAGCUUUCAUCAUCCAGUCAUCAUAAAUUCAGCAAAACAAAGGAAGAAACUUACCGCGCAUUUUAAUGUUUCAUUAAUAUAACAUUAAUUCAUGUUUCAGCAAAUGAAGGUUUCAUAAUGCAGCUUUACACUAUGAUGAUUAUUUAGAACACGUAUUUAUGAUUAUUAAUUUACAAUGACGGUAGACGAACCAAACAACAACUACUUUAGACGCUACACACACUUAAUACAGUAAUACUAAUAUCAAUAUUGAUAAUUGUCAUGGUUGACGGCUGCCUUCACGUGAGUCACAUGACAUCUUCACACAUCGGCUUCAGCUUAUUAUUAAGCACACACACACACACUCACUGGCUACUUCUUUAGGACCACACUAGGUACGUCAUAAUAUUAGGGACAGCUGUAACGGUAACAAUUCAACGAAUGCCUCUCUGAAAUUGGAUCACAUCAGAUGUUGUACCUAAUGAAGUAUCCAGCGAGUGUUUCUAUAGUUAUGAAUCAUGUAUGGAUAAAUAUAUACUGUUCAACAACAGCCAACAGCAUGACGUGGCUGUGUAUUGUUAUGCAAUCACACUUACUCUUUAUAGUUCAAUGUAGGAAUAAGAUCUGAACAUUUCCUUUCUCCUUUCUGCACUUUCUUUUCCACAUACACUCGUAAUUGCGCAACUAGGACUUUGGUUUCAUGACAUCAAGUAUAUUGACAUUUAAUGACAUUUUUGGGUGUUUGAGGGCAUGUUUCAUGACGUAGUUGUAGACAUGACAUGUUGGAUGACAUGCUUCAGGACACUUUUAAUCAAAUGGCCUGGUGAACAGUUGCCGGUGUACCGCGCCUCUCGCCUGAAGAAAGCUGGGAUAGGCUC